AUGGUAUCCAAGGACCUUUCUUCCUAUACUUAUCAUGAUAAAUGCAAGACUGUGUACAUUCAACCUAGUUGGUCUGAUCAUUCAUUGUUAAUUACUCAUAUUCGUUUUCCACCACCUACGACUAAUACUUCUUCCGUAACUUCAAUCGGUAAAGGCAUCUGGCGUGCUAAUCCUAGUCUCGCUCUAAAUCCUGAAUUUACACGUCGUCUUAAUAGCAUGUUAUCUAAAUGUGUGCUCUCUCUUGAUACUACUUUAUCCGCUGCUGAAAAGUGGGAGGCAUUGAAAAAGGAUACAGCUAAAUGUUGUUAA